AUGGAUAGUUCCGCUGCGUUGGAUCCCAACAAAGCAUCUCAGGGUCGACAAGCCGCCUGCUUGAACUGUAGGAAAAGCAAGGUCCGCUGCAACCGAGGCCAAGAUGAUGCGUCGUGUAGCAGAUGCAAACAGGCCAAUGUUGAAUGCAUCAUACCCAGCCACCAUGUCGGUAGACAGAAAGGGGUCAAAAACAAACGCAAAGGCCUUGAAAAAGCAUUACAUCAGAUUGAACAGGCCAUCAAGAGACCGAGAAGCAAUGCAUCCGGGUCCGAGGCGGCCCAAAAGCUCAUAUCAGACCUUCAAGAGAUGCUCAGCAAUACACGAGAACAGCAGUUACACAGUGAGGCAGACGACCAGUCCGAGGAUCGGUCCUAUACAUACCAUUCGCCCCGGGAUAACAAUUUCGGCGAUAAUCUCUCCCUAGAUGAUGCAGAGAAUCCUUUACAACUACUUGCACGUGCCUCCGAUCUACAGCUAUCGCCGAAUGAGGCGCGUGAUGCACACAGAUGGCCACCUUCAACAUUUCCCCAACCUACAGGCAUGCUGCCGAGUAGCACCGAGGGAAGCGACCCUGCCGCGCAAUCAUAUUUUGUUCCCAUCCGGGCAAAUCUGGAUGUUGGCCCAGAUAUAGACCCCGUUGACAUUGGUCUUGUGACUCCAAGUGAAGCCGAAUCGCUUUUCUCUUUCUUUUAUCAGAACCUCGCACAUACUCGAUGGGGCCUAGACCCUCUGGUACACACCGUCUCGUUUGUGCGGACCCAGUCUGCAUUUCUAUUCACCUCUAUCAUGGCCGCGGCUGCAUUGUUCCUGCCAUCUGCUACAGCACUGUCGAAGCGGCUUUCUCGACAUUGCAAGUCCCUGGCCCAUAAUGUCAUUGCCCGACGCCACAGAUCGGUUGAGAUCGUCUUAGCCUUCAUGGUAAAUGUUCCAUGGAUGGAGCCAGGUAGUUGCCUGGGGGAUGACGAUACAUGUUCCUACAUUGCCAUGGCUCUAGCUGUUGCUUUAGAUCUCUCGUUGAACAAGAUUGUGCUUCCAUCAACUAGCUUCGAGCAUAGCCUUCUCAGAAGACUCGCUAAGGCCGAAACUAUCGAUGCAAAGAGAGCCCUAUACAUGGACCGAUUUGAUGGCAUAGAACCGAACUCUGCAUGGGGCCGAAGACUUCUCCGACGGCGAGAGAGAACGUGGAUAGCGCUGUUUGUUCUCGAAAGAGGUGUAUGUUUAGCUCGCGGGCGAAGCUAUACAGUCCCUUCAACAGCCCUUAUAAACUAUUGUGAUAAGUGGCACGUAUCCGAUUUUGCAGACUCACGUGAUGGUCCGAUGAAUUCAAUGGCUGUGCUCAGGAGGAAUUUGGAUGGCCUUUUCCUGAGAGUAAAAGCCAACUGCGACAGCCACCAGGUCGCAGAUGCCGGGUCUGAGGUAGCGCAAUCGAUCAAGAAUAUGAUUGAAAGCUUCUACGACAAGUGGUAUGAGAUAUGGGCGCCUGAGAUUGGGGAAGGUCACUCACGCUCCCUUCCACCCUAUGUUGAAAUCCUUGUAACACAUACGAGGCUAUCGACAUAUGGUGGUGUUAUCAACCAUCCUACAGCACCUUUGGAAGUCAAGAGAUUCUUCCGUGCUGCCGGCCUUUCUUCUGCGCUGAACGUUCUGAGAGCAGCUAUACAAGGAGAGUCGCGAUUGAAAUCCAUGCCGAAUAACACUGUCAUCAUGAUAUCCUUUGCUGCAUGCUCAGCACUUAGUCUCAGCGUGAUGCCAGAAGACAGCAGGUCGAGUUUGGCGCCAAGUGUUCAUAAUUUGAUCGAGGAAACUGCAGGUGUCCUUGAGCGUAUUGGAGCUACUACCCGCCAUAGAAAUGGCGCCUCUGUUCUCUAUGGGCGCUUCCUGAGAGCGCUUGUCAGACGCGCUCCUGUAAGCGCAGGCUCUCAGAACCUGAAGGUCGAAACGGGGCCGCUACAACCUCCGCCAGACUUGGAUGGGUAUUGCCCGGUGGCUUCCGGGACACAGCCAUCCUCGAUACCGACCUCUUUUAUUUGGCCUGAACCACUCAGAUUUUCUGCUAUGUCUGAUGACCAGAUCAUAGACGCGGUGAACCGAGCUGGCACCGCAUUUGGGACAACUGUGCCCGAUGUGCCACUGGAUGACCUAAUGACUUGGGACUGGUUCGAUGUCGGAAAUGCGGCAGAUUUUGGCUUCUGA